AUGUCCAAAAUGGUUGUAUACUCAUUAAUCAAACAAAGUAGUAUGAGAUUUAAUCAAUUACGAAAUUUAAAAACUGCUAGACGUUUUUUUGAUCCUAAAAAUGAUGUCGCUUUCAAAAAGAUUUUUGGUGUGGAAAGUAAUAAACCACUUUUAUUAAGCUUAUUAAACUUAACAUUAAGACGAAAGGAUGAUGAUAUGAUUGAAGAUGUUAAUUUAUUGCCUCAAGAGAAAAUUCCUCAAUUUAAAAAAUCUAUUUUAGAUGUUGUUUGCUGUGAUAAAAAAGGACGUCGUUACAUUGUUGAAAUACAAAAUAAAAGACUCAGCUCAUUCAUUCAAAGACUAGAAUAUUGUGCCUCACGUACUUAUUCUGAACAACUUUUUCAAGGUGCAGAUUACUUAGAACUUAAGCCAGUAAUUCUGCUUACUAUUGUGAAUCAUAAUAUUUUUCCUAAUUCAGUUCAAUAUAUUAGUUAUCAUACCAAUCGUGAAGAGGAGGAAAUAAAUAAAUGUUUUUUACCAAAUAUUUCAUACAUAUUUAUUGAACUUCCAAAAUUUGAUAAAUGCAGAGAACAACUCAAAACUUCUGAAGAUUAUUGGAUACAUUUAUUAAAGGAAGCUUCCAAUGAAACGAAACCUCCAAAAGAAGUACCUGACGAAAUUCAAAAAGCUUAUGAUAUUCUUGAACAAUAUAAUUGGACCGAGGUGGAACGUAUCAGCUAUGAAAAGACCAGGAUGGCAAUUUUAGAUGAUGAAGAUGCAAUAAGAACGGCUGUAGGUGAAGCUGUAAGUGAGAUUGCAAAGAAGCUUUUGAAAGAAGGUGUAUCUCAUGAAAUUAUUUCGAAAGUUUCAGAUUUAUCAACUUCAAGAGUUGGACAAAAAUAA